CUUCCAAUCCAAUCCAAUCUCCCUCCCUCCCCCAAAACACUCCCCAACCCAAGCUGAGCAAAUAUCUCUUCGCCAGAAUUCUCUCGAGAAAAUGGAAAUGGCAAAGGCGCUUCGUCGCCACAAGUCCGUCUGAUCCUCAAUCCCUUUCUUUCGAUCACAGGGUGUAAAUAGGGAGUCGGGCAUGGCCCUUCCAGUCAUUUCACCGGAAGUCUCCAGCUUCCGCGCUCUCCGGCGCGUGGACCUCGCUGCCAGUAUCUUCUGCAACCGUAGCGCCACCAACAGAGAUCUCAAGUCCCUUCAUUUCCAUAGAAAGGACAGAGAUUUUAAGUCUAGGUUGAGAGUCUACUCCCGGCGGACCCGGGAUUUGGAGGUCAGGAUUUCGGACUAUCAUAACGCGAGCCGGUACGGCCAGUUCUCGGUAUCGGUGAAACCGGGCAGGGAAGAGGAAGAGAAGCAAAAUUACUAUCUGAAUGUGGGGUAUGCGAUUCGGACCCUGCGGGAGGAGUUACCUGGGCUCUUUCACAAAGAGCUCACUCUCGACAUCUACAGGGAUGACAUCGUCUUCAAAGACCCGCUGAACACAUUUGUCGGCAUUGAAAACUACAAAUCUAUCUUCUGGGGUUUACGGUUCCACGGGAGGAUGUUUUUCAGGGCUCUGUGGAUCGAUAUAAUCAGUGUGCGGCAGCCGGUUGAGGAUGUUGUAAUGGUGCGCUGGACAGUUCAUGGUGUCCCCCGAGUCUUGUGGGAGGGCCAUGGCCGAUUCGAUGGAACUUCCCAGUACCGAUUUGACAAGAAUGGGAAAAUCUUUGAGCAUCGAGUGGACAACAUAGCUCUCAACUCGCCGCCAAAGUUUAAGGUGCUGACUGUGGGAGAACUAAUCCAAUCAGUUGCCUGUCCCUCUACACCAAAACCAACUUACUUUGAAAGUUCUUCCUCUUCUUCUUCAUCUUCAUCUUCUUCUUCUUCUUCUUCUUCUUCUUCUUCUUCAUGGAGAUGUUAGGCUCUGAAGUCUGUCUCUUCCUGGGUUUGACUAUAUAUUGCAGGGCAAUAGUCGGUAUUCAUCUAGGAAAUUAAGCUGCGGUUUGACCUGUUAUGUCUGUGGCUACUUUGGACUUACACUUUGUAUAGCAUGAGAUGAGAUAUGAGUGUAACUAAAUGUGUAAUUAAGCCAUCUACAUUUUUGGAUAAUGCAAUGAACUUUUUUUAGUAAUUCGUGGUAAA